AUGAAUGGUGUCGGAGGUGGUGCCAAUGGUCAUGGGGCCUCCCGAAGCUUUAGUGUCACUUCGAUCGGCACCGGUUUAGCAACUAAUUCAUCCAUAAUCCAUUCAAAUCCGACCCCUGGCCACCUGAUGCACAAUCCCACCAUGACCCCCUUUCAUACUAAAUCCGGUUCGGGCUCAAUUACAUCGUCUGGUUUAUUUCCCCAAACUCCUAUGUCGUUUGUAACUCCUACAACAUCAGCUGCUAAUGGGACAAUGACUUCCGGCAAACCAGGAUUGUGGGAUUCGGCCAGUAAGUUGAACCAUAAUUUGAAUUUACCCAACUUUAAUAUUGACGCUUCUGUCGGAUCUCGAGCCUCAAAUGGUGAAGAGAUUCGGACAAACACGAAUUCUAGAUCGAAUUCUACUGGUGCUACAUCUAAUUCAAAUUCGGCAUCUCCUGUGCCUUUAACUCUUGGAACCAGCAGUGUAUCAUCUACUCCAAUUGCUCCCGUCACACCUGCUAGUGCUGUAACACCUGCCAGUGUUGUAACUCCUGCUACCAGCACCAGUUCCACGAAUAUCAGUGCUCCUUCAAAAAUUGAUAAGGAGUACUUGGCAUCCAUCAAUAAGGUACCUUUGAUUCAGCUCAAAUCAGAAAUCCUCAAGUUAUCUAAAGAUCAGUAUGGUUGUAGAUUUCUUCAGAAGAAGAUUGAUGAGAAUUUGAUUCCCAAUUUGCAAACUCGUCAAGCCAAUUUUGAGAUUAUUUUCGAUCAGAUCAAUCCAUAUUUGUAUGAGUUGAUCAUUGAUCCUUUUGGUAAUUAUCUUAUUCAGAAAUUGAUUGGAUAUUGUAGUCAAACCAAUCUCAAUCUUUGUCUUGAGAUUCUUCAAUUUAACUUGUUUCAAAUCUCCAUUAAUCAGCAUGGAACUCGAGCUCUUCAAAAGAUUAUUGAUAAUUUGACAUUACCUUAUCAAUUGAAUUUACUUAUAAAGGGAUUAAAACCAUUUAUAAUUAAAUUAAUUAAGGAUUUGAAUGGGAACCAUGUGAUUCAAAAGAUUUUAAAUAAAUAUAAUCCUCAAGAUUGUCAAUUUAUUUAUGAUUCAAUUAUUGAUGAUUUAUAUGUAGUGGCUACUCAUAAACAUGGAUGUUGUGUAUUACAAAAAUGUUUAAAUCAUGUGGAUAUGAAUCAAUUGAAUCAAUUCUCCACCGCCAUACUUAACUUCAAUAAUUUCACUUCACUUAUUAAUGAUCAAUUUGGUAAUUAUGUCUUGCAAUAUUUGAUUCUGCUCAAUAUUAUUGAAAUCAAUUUACAGAUUUAUGGUAACUUUUUAAAGUUCGGCAUUGAAAACCUCUGUAACUUGAAGUUUAGUUCGAAUGUGAUUGAAAAGUUUUUAAAGAAUUGUUAUAAUCAAGAAGCAUUUCUGAUGGAAUUCUCCAAAUUGAAACUUAACUUGUGUCAACAAAUUUUAGGACAGGAUUUGAAUAAGUUAAUUAAUGAUCCUUAUGGUAAUUAUGUUAUUCAAACAUUAAUUGAUAUCUUGAUCCAUCCUCAAGUGGAUUAUCUUUAUAAUUCCAGUUUGGUUGAAGAUGUUAAGAAACUCUUGCCUCCUCCAGUUGUUGAUAGUAAUGAUUAUAUGAAGUUAUCCAAUUUGGAUUUACAGAUUAUUAUCAUUAAGUAUUGGUUUCUGAACUGUAAAAUUAUCUCGAGCUUUGGUAAGAGAAUUCAGUCCAAGAUUAAUAAUGUCGUGAGUGAAUCAGGAAGUAAUUCAAAUUCUGCUAAUUCUAAUUCUAAUUCUACUUCCACAACAUCUAUGGCCUCAGCUCCUUCUAUGAAGAAUACUCGAUCCACUUCGAAUUCAUCCUUAGAUGGUUCUGUCAAGUAUGGACAACAAGCUCAAUCUCAAGCCCCUCAACAAUAUAGAAAUUUUAGAACUUUAUCUAAUGAUGGAACCUUGAAACCAUCCGUAAAUAGAAACUUAUCUUUGCCUUCCAAUAUUUAUAACUAUGAGACUCCAAAACAUCAGCAAGCUCCACCUCAACAUCAACAGUUUGUUCAUCAAGCUCCUCAACAACAAUUUAAUACUCCUAAUGGUGGAGUUGCUCCAAGUAAUGACUUUAUGAUCAAUGAAUUCCCAUUUGGGUUUCCUCCUGCUUCUCAGCAGCAACAACAACAUCAACAACAACCGUAUUCUAUUCAUCAACACAAGUUGUCUUUGUCGGACAAUUCUAUGAACCAACCUCAGCCAAUGACUCAUUAUACGACUUCCAAGCCAUAUGGUAAUCUCAACCAAUAUCCUACUCCGCCUCCCAUGAACUAUCAGUAUCAACAACAGCAGCAGCAGCAGCCACCUCAACAGCAGCAUGUCUUUCAGCAACAACAGCAACAACAACAACAACAAUUGGCUCCUUCAGCCAUGCCUAACCGUCCCAGUCCCGGCCAAUAUCCAUCGUACAACAACCCUGCUAGUAGUUCUGGCUCCAAUUUUUACUACAACGCCAGAACCCCUUCCUUUGGAAGUGCCAACUUCAAUCCAAAUGGACCUGGUAAUAACUCCAGUGGUCCAAUUAUGGAAAGCACCGGUGGUAAUGGGCCAGGAGGCUGGAUGUAA